GCGGGCCCCUAGUCAGCAUGCCCCCCAGGAUCCACGGCUACCUGCACCAGCCCCUGCUGGUCUCCUGCUCGGUGCACAGCGCCCUCCCCUUCCGGCUGCAGCUGCGGCGGCAUGGAGCCAGGCUGGGCGAGGAGCGGCACUUGCAGGAGUCGGGGAACAGCAGCUGGGAGAUCCCGCGGGCCUCCAAGGCCGAGGAAGGCACGUACGAGUGCACAGCGGUCAGCGGGGCUGGGACCGGACGGGCGCAGGCCGAGGUCAUCGUCACAGACCCUCCGCCACAGCUGGUCCCGGCGCCCAACGUGACCGUGUCCCCAGGGGAGACGGCCGUCCUGUCCUGCCGGGUCCUGGGCGAGGCCCCCCACAACCUGACGUGGGUGCGGGACUGGCGGGUCCUGCCGGCCUCCACGGGCAGAGUCAGGCAGCUGGACGACCUGUCCCUGGAGGUCAGCGCCGUCGUCCCCAGCGACGGCGGGCGGUACCAGUGCAUAGCCAGCAACGCCAACGGGGUCACGAGGGCAUCCGCCUGGCUCCUGGUGCGAGAGGCCCCGAAGGUCAGCAUCCACACCAGGUCCCAGCGCUUCUCCCAGGGCGUGGAGGUGAGGGUCAGCUGCUCGGCGUCUGGGUACCCUGCACCCCACAUCUCCUGGAGCCGUGACGGUCACACCCUGCAAGAGGACAGCAGGUGAGGGGCCCAGGGCCUGGGGCUCCAGGACUGGGAACAGGGGGGACCAGGACCCCCAGGGACCUGUCCCAGCCUCAGUCCUCUUACCCCUAAACGGGAGGAGCACGUUUGGUACACAUAUCCCAUCUGCCCCCACGCAGACCCACCCUCGGUCUCCGCCGUCAGGCGGUGGUGCUCGCCGCCCGUGGGACAGGAGGCCGUGCUGGCGUGCGAGGCGUCCGGGGUGCCGCCGCCCCGGCUCAUCUGGUAUCGAGAGGGUCUCGAGAUGAUCCUGGCCCCCGAGGACUCGAGCUCGGGGGUGCUGCGGAUCCCGGUGGCUCGGGAGAGGGAUGCUGGCGUCUACACCUGCCGAGCCGUCAACGAGUUGGGCGCCGCCUCUGCGGAAAUCCGGCUGGAGGUUGGACACGCGCCCCGGCUGAUGGAGCUCCCCCGGGAGGUCACCGUGGAGCUGGGCAGGAGCGCCCUCCUGGCCUGUCGGGCCGCAGGCCGCCCGCCCCCGACCGUCACCUGGCGCCGUGCGGACAGCCAGCCGCUGCAGCCCGGCCGGGGCAGCAGGGCCAGGCAGCCCGAGGCCGGAGUGCUGUUUUUUGAAAGUGUGGUCCCUGAAGACCAGGCCCCUUAUGUCUGUGAAGCACAAAAUGUUUUUGGGAAGGUCCAGGCGGAGACCCAGCUCCUGGUGACGGGACACGCCCCCCCACAGAUCGCCAGCGGCGCCCCCACCGUGCGGGUGCUGGAGAGGCAGCCUGUGUCGCUGCCCUGCAUCAUCCUGGCCGGGAGGCCCUUCCCCGAGAGGCGCUGGCUCAAGGCCGGCCAGCCACUCCCAGCCGGCAGCCGGCAUUCGGUGCGAGCUGAUGGCAGCCUCCACCUGGACCGGGCGCUGCAGGAGGACGCGGGGAAGUACAGCUGCGUGGUCACCAACACGGCCGGCUCCCAGCACAGGCAUGUGCAGCUGGUCGUCCAGGUGCCCCCUAGAAUCCGGCCCACUGCCACCCACCACGUCACCAAUGAAGGGGUUCCGGCCUCUCUCCCCUGCGUGGCCUCAGGAGUCCCCACCCCCACCGUCACCUGGACCAAGGAGACCAAUGCCCUGGCCUCCGGCGGUCCCCACUACAAUGUGAGCAAGGAUGGCACCUUGGUCAUCGCCCAGCCGUCCCCCCGGGACGCAGGGACCUAUGUCUGCACGGCCACCAACAGCGUGGGCUUCUCUAGCCAGGAGAUGCGGCUGUCCGUCAACACCAAGCCCAGGAUCCACGGGAAUUUCUCACAUGAUACGGACGAGCCUCUGAGAGUCACAGCCAAGGCCGGUGACGAGGUGACCCUGGACUGCGAGGCCCAAGGCUCCCCACCCCCACUGGUCACCUGGACCAAGGACUCCCACCCUGUGCCAGCCGCCCCUGACAGGCAUCGCCUCCUCCCGUCGGGCUCCCUGCGUCUGGCCCAGGCGCAGGCGGGUGACAGCGGCCUCUACCGGUGCAGAGCCAGUAACCCCGCCGGGUCCGCCGCUCGGCACUACGUCCUCGGGGUGCAAGUCCCCCCUCAGGUGCAGCCAGGCCCGCGGGUCCUGAAGGUCCUGGCGGGUGAAGCUGUGGACCUGAACUGCGCGGCCGAGGGCACCCCAGAGCCCAGGCUGAACUGGUCCAAGGAUGGGGAGGCCCUGCGGGGCGGGGGGCCCGAGGGCUCCGUCCAUUUUGCAGCCAUCCGAACUUCUGACGCCGGCAUGUACCGCUGCGAGGCUGCCAACAGCGCCGGGGUAGACGCCUGGGAGCUGGAGCUCAGGGUGCUGGAGCCACCGCACUGGGGAGCCGAUGAGACCGGCGGGCUGCUGGAGAGAGUGGCAGGAGAGAACGCCAGCCUGCCGUGCCCUGCCAGAGUGCCCCCCAGCAUCCGGGAGGACGGACGCAGGGCCAACGUGUCGGGCAUGGCCGGGCAGGCCCUGACGCUGGAGUGUGACGCCAACGGCUUCCCAGCCCCUGAGAUCGCGUGGUUCAAGGAUGGGCAGCUGAUCCCCGAGGGGGACAGCCACCGCCUCCUGAACGAGGCCCGGGCCCUCCACCUCCCCCGGAUCCAGGCGGGCGAUUCUGGCCUCUACUCCUGCCGGGCAGAGAACGCGGCGGGCACCGCGCAGCGGGACUUCGAGCUUCUCGUGCUCAUCCCACCUUCUGUGCUGGGAGCCGGGGCUGCCCAGGAGGUGCUGGGCCUGGCUGGUGCCCAGGUGGAGCUGGAGUGCCGGACCUCGGGGGUCCCUACGCCCCAGGUGGAAUGGACCAAGGACAGGCACACCACGGCGGCCUUCCCCAAGAGGAAGGGAGGAGCCCUCGGCUUGGCUGCCCCCUUGGCCAUCACAGUCCCGCCCACCAUCGAGGGCGCCAGCGAAGGGCCGCACUUGGUGAAGGCGGUGGCUGGGAGGCCCUUGGGCCUGGAGUGCGUGGCCAGAGGCUACCCACCCCCCACCCUGUCCUGGCACCACGAGGGGCUGCCCCUGGCGGAGAGCAACGGGACCUGGCUGGAGGCGGGCGGCGGCCUGCUGAGCCUGGACAGCCUGGGGGAGGCGUCCGGAGGCCUGUACAGCUGCGUGGCCAGCAGCCCCGCGGGGGAGGCCGUGCUGCAAUACGCCGUGGACGUGCAGGGUGAGCCGGACUGUCCCGCCCGAGCCACGGGCUGCGGGCCCCUCCUCCCACACCUACCACCUGCCAGUGCCCGCAGCCCCUCCGGGGAGCUGCCUCUGAUUGAGAAGGUGGACCUGAGGGACGAAGGCGUCUACACCUGUGUCGCCACUAACUUGGCCGGCGAGAGCAGAAGGGAUGCGGUGCUCAAGGUUUUGGUGCCCCCCAACAUCGAGCCGGUCCCGGCCAACAAGGCAGUGCUGGAAAAUGCCUCCGUGACGUUGGAGUGCCUGGCUUCCGGCGUGCCCCCUCCAGGUAAGCCCCUCCUGGUCUUUCCCGGGGGCCGCACCCUCACGCUGGCCAGUGCCCGGGCCUCCGACUCUGGCACCUACUCCUGCGUGGCUGUGAGCGCCGUGGGCGAGGACCGCCGGGACGUCGCCCUGCACGUCCACGUGCCGCCCAGCAUCCUCGGGGAAGAGCUGAACGUGUCCGUCGUGGCCAACGAGUCAGUGGCCCUGGAGUGCCAGAGCCACGCCGUGCCCCCUCCGGUGCUGAGCUGGCGGAAGGACGGCCGCCCCCUGGAGCCGCGGCCCGGAGCCCGCCUCUCUGCAGACAAGGCCUUGCUGGAGGUGGACAGGGCGGAGGUGAGGGACGCAGGCCGCUACACCUGUGAGGCGCUGAACCAGGCGGGCCGCUCGGAGAAACACUACAACCUCAACGUCUGGGUCCCUCCAGUGUUCCCCUCAAGGGAGCCCCACAUCCUGACCGUGACCGAGGGACACCCCACCAGGCUGUCCUGCGAAUGUCGGGGUGUCCCUUUCCCCAAGAUCACCUGGAGGAAGGACGGUCAGCCCGUGCCCGGGGAGGGGGCCGGCCUCGGACAGGUGUCGGCGGUGGGGCGGCUGCUGUACCUGGGCCCAGCCCAGCCGGCCCAGGAGGGAACGUACACCUGUGAGUGCAGCAACGUGGCCGGAAACAGCAGCCAGGACCAGCAGCUGGAGGUGCAUGUUCCCCCGCAGAUCGCUGGCCCCCGGGAGCCCCCUGCACAGGUCUCUGUGGUCCAGGACGCGGAGGCCACUCUGGAAUGCAGCGUCACGGGGAAACCCCCACCCAGGGUGACGUGGCAGCGGGACGGCCAGCCGGUGGGAGCCGCACCUGGCCUGCGGCUGCAGAACCAGGGUCAGAGCCUGCACGUGGAGCGGGCACAGGCUGCCCACGCGGGACGCUACAGCUGCCUGGCCGAGAACGUGGCUGGGAGGGCCGAGAGGAGGUUUGCGCUGUCCGUGCUGGUGCCCCCAGAGCUCAUCGGAGACUCGGACCCGCUGACCAACGUCACUGCCGCCUUGCACAGCCCCUUGACGCUGCUCUGUGAAGCCACAGGCAUCCCACCCCCGGGGGUCCGCUGGUUCCGAGGGGAGGAGCCCAUCAGCCCCGGGGAGGACACCUACCUCUUGGCGGGUGGCUGGAUGCUGAAGGUGACCCGGACCCAGGAGCGAGACAGAGGCCUCUACUCCUGCCUGGCCAGCAACGAGGCUGGGGAGGUGCGGAGGAACUUCAGCGUGGAGGUCCUGGUUCCUCCCAGUAUCGAGAAUGAGGACCUGGAGGAGGUGGUCAAGGUCCCCGAGGGACAGACAGCCAACCUGACGUGCAACGCCACAGGCCACCCACAGCCCAGGGUCACGUGGUUCAAAGACGGCCGGCCCCUGGCUGGUGGAGACACCCAGCACGUCUCUCCAGACGGAGCCCUUCUGCAGGUCCUCCAGGCCAACCUGUCCAGUGCCGGCCACUACUCCUGCAUUGCAGCCAACGCCGCGGGGGAGAGGACCAAGCAUGUCCAGCUGAGCGUCCUGGUGGCUCCCUCCAUCCUGGGGGUGACCGAGGACGGAGCAGACGAGGAGGUGACCGUGACCAUCAACAACCCCAUUUCUCUGAUCUGUGAGGCGCUGGCCUUCCCCGCCCCCACCAUCACCUGGAUGAAGGACGGGUCCCCGUUUGAGGCCUCAAACAACAUCCAGCUGCUCCCAGGUACCCACGGGCUGCAGAUCCUGAAUGCCCAGAAGGAAGACGCAGGCCAGUACACCUGCGUGGUCACCAACGGGCUUGGGGAGGCCGUGAAGAACUACCACGUGGAAGUGCUCAUCCCCCCUUCCAUCUCCAAAGACGACUCCAUGGGGGAGGUCGGUGUGAAGGAAGUGAAGACCAAGGUCAACAGUACCCUGACCCUGGAGUGUGAGGCUUGGGCGGCGCCCCCGCCUGCCAUCAGCUGGUACAAGGAUGGACGGGUGAGCUGGGCCCCCGGGGCAGCCUCAGUGCCCCCCAUGUUCCAGAAGGUGGGUGAUGCCAGUGCAACCUUCGAAAUCCUGUCCCGGGAGGAGGAGGCCCGGGGCGGGGUGACGGAAUACCGGGAGGUCGUGGAGAACAACCCCGCAUACCUGUACUGCGACACCAACGCGGUCCCGCCCCCGGAGCUCACCUGGUACAGGGAGGACCAGCCCCUCUCGGCCACAGACGGGGUGUCUGUCCUGCAAGGAGGCCGGGUCCUGCAGAUUCCCCUGGUGCGUGCAGAGGAUGCUGGGAGGUACUCGUGCAAGGCCUCCAACGAGGUGGGCGAGGACUGGCUGCACUACGAGCUGAUGGUGCUGACCCCACCUGUGAUCCCGGGGGACACGGAGGAGCUGGUGGAGGAGGUGACCGUCAAUGCCAGCAGCACUGUCAGCCUACAGUGUCCAGCCCUGGGCAACCCCAUGCCCACCAUCUCGUGGCUCCAGAACGGGCUGCCCUUCUCCCCGAGCCCACGGCUGCAGGUCCUGGAGGACGGGCAAGUCUUGCAGGUUUCCACAGCAGAGGUGGCCGACGUUGCCAGCUACAUGUGUGUGGCCGAGAACCCGGCGGGCUCCGUGGAGAAGCUCUUCACACUUAGGGUGCAAGUCCCACCACACAUCACAGGCCUGGACUCAGAGCAGGUCACCGCCAUCCUCAACAGCAGCGUGUCCCUCCCCUGUGACGUCCGCGCUCACCCGAGCCCCGAGGUCACGUGGUACAAGGACGGCCAGGCCCUCUCCCUGGGAGAAGACGUCUUCCUCCUGCCUGGCACCCACACGCUGCAGCUGGCCCGGGCGCAGCUGGCAGACUCCGGGACGUACAUGUGCGAGGCCCUCAAUGCCGCCGGCCGAGACCAGAAGCUGGUGCGGCUCAGCGUGCUGGUUCCCCCCACCUUCAGGCAGGCUCUCGGCGGCCCCCAGGAUGGGGUCCCGGUGAGGGCAGGGGACAAGGCCGUUCUGAGCUGUGAGACAGACUCGCUCCCUGAGCCAGCUGUGACCUGGUACAAAGAUGGGCAGCCCCUGGUCCUGGCGCCGCGGACCCAGACUCUGCAGGGUGGGCAGAAGCUGGCGAUCCUGGACACCCAGGUGUCAGAUAAAGGUGUGUACAGCUGUAAGGUCAACAACACGGCUGGAGAGGCCAUGCGGGCAUUCGUCCUCACCGUCCAGGUGCCCCCAACGUUUGAGAACCCCAAGACGGAGACAGUGAGCCAGGUGGCUGGGAGCCCCCUGGUGCUGACCUGUGAUGUGACCGGGGUCCCUGCCCCCAGGGUCACCUGGCUGAGGGACAGAAUGCCCAUUGAGAGCAGCGUGGCGCACGGCGUGGUCUCCCGGGGGGGCCGCCUCCAGCUGAGUCGCCUGCAGCCGGCCCAGGCCGGCACCUAUACGUGCGUGGCCGAGAACGCGCAGGCCGAGGCCCGCAAGGACUUCACGGUGGCUGUGCUGGUGGCCCCCCGGAUCCGGAGCGCGGGCGCCCCCCAGGAGCACAGCGUCCUGGAGGGGCAGGAGGUGCGGCUGGACUGCGAAGCGGAUGGGCAGGCACCGCAGGUGGCCUGGCUGAAGGACGGCCGCCCGCUGGGCCAGGGCGUGGGCCCCCCCCUCCGGUUCUACCUGGACAGCGGCUCCCUGGUGCUGAAGGGCCUGAUGGCCUCGGACUCGGGCGCCUACACCUGCGUGGCCCACAACGCGGCCGGGGAGGACGCCCGGCUGCACACCGUGAGCGUGCUAUGCCCUCCCACCAUUGAGCAGGGGACAGAGGGCGCAGGGCCCCUGGUGCACAGGGCUGGGGAGCUGGUGACGAUGGCGUGCCCCGUCCGGGGCUCCCCGCCCAUCCACAUGAGCUGGCUCAAGGACGGCCUGCCCCUCCCGCUCUCCCAGCGCACCCACCUCCACGGCUCCGGCCGCAUCCUCAGGAUUUCCCGGGUGCAGUUGGCAGAUGCCGGCGUCUUCACCUGUGUGGCUGCAAGCCCCGCCGGCGUGGCCGACAGGAACUUCACCUUGCAGGUGCACGUGCCCCCUGUCCUGGAGCCGGCGGAGUUCCAGAACAAUGUGGCAGUGGUCCGUGGCUCCCCGGUGGUCCUCCCCUGUGAAGCCCAGGGCAGCCCCCUGCCCCUAGUGUCAUGGAUGAAGGACGGGGAGCCCCUGUUCCUCCAGAGUCUGGAACAGGGGCCCAGCCUGCAGCUGGAGACGGCAGGAGCCGGGGACUCAGGGACCUACUCCUGCGUGGCUGUGAGCGAGGCGGGGGAAGCACGGAGGCACUUCCAGCUGACGGUGAUGGAUCCCCCCCACAUGGAGGACUCGGGCCAGCCCGCAGAGCUGUCGCUGACCCCUGGCGCCCCCUUGGAGCUUCGCUGUGAUGCCCGGGGCACCCCCUUGCCCAACAUCACCUGGCAUAAGGACGGGCAGGCCCUGGACAGCCAGGAGGACAGCAGAGGGACUGGGCAGCGGCUCCGGGUGGAGGCUGUGCAGGUGGGCGAUGAUGGGCUGUACACUUGCGUGGCCCACAACCCUGCUGGCGAAAUCGAGAAGAGCUUCCGGGUCAGGGUUCAAGCCCCUCCAAACGUUAUUGGGCCCGAGGCCCCGCUCUGUGGUUGGCCUGGCCCGGGGCAGCUGGUUCUGGAAUGCUCCGUGGAAGCGGAUCCCGCCCCCGAGAUUGAGUGGCACCGAGAUGGCAUCCUGCUGCAGGCAGACGCCCACACCCAGUUCCCAGAGCAGGGCCGGUUCCUCCAGCUGCAGGCCCUGAGCACGGCCGACAGCGGCAACUACAGCUGCACGGCCCGCAGCGCGGGCAGCACCAGCGUGGCCUUCCGCGUGGAGAUCCACACGGUGCCCUCCAUCCAGCCCGGGACCACCAGCCGAUCAGCCUCCGUGAACCAGACGAUCCUGCUGCCCUGCCAGGCGGAGGGGGCCCCGCCACCCCUCAUGAGCUGGCGGAAGGACGGGGCCCCCCUGGACCUUGGGAGCCCCAGAUUGCAUGUUCUGCCCGAGGGUUCCCUGAGGAUCCAGCCAGUCCUUGCCCAGGACUCUGGCCACUACCUCUGCCUGGCGUCCAACUCUGCGGGCUCUGACCGGCAGGCCCGUGACCUCCGCGUCUUCGAGCCUCCCGCCAUCGCCCCCAGCCCCUCCAACCUGACCCUGACAGCCCACACCCCCGCCUCGCUGCCCUGCGAGGCCAGGGGCUCCCCCAAGCCCCUCGUGGCCUGGUGGAAGGACGGACAGAAGCUGGACUUCCGCCUGCAGCAGGGCGCCUACCGGCUCCUGCCCUCCAACGCCCUACUCCUCGCAGCCCCCGGCCCCCAGGACGCAGCCCAGUUUGAGUGUGUGGUGAGCAAUGAGGUGGGAGAGGCCCGCAGGCAGUACCAGGUGACCAUCCACGUGCCCCCCACCAUCGCCGACGACCAGACAGACUUCACUGUGACCCAGAUGGCCCCCGUGGUCCUCACGUGCCACAGCUCCGGCGUGCCAGCCCCCGUGGUGUCCUGGAGCAAGGCAGGCCUCCCCCUGGGGGCCCGGGGGAGUGGCUACCGUGUCUCGCCUUCGGGCGCCCUGGAGAUCGGGCAGGCCCUCCCCGUCCACGCCGGCCGCUACACCUGCACGGCCCAGAACUCCGCAGGCGUGGCCCGCAAGCACGUGGCCCUGGCCGUGCAAGCCUCGCCCGUGGUGAAGCCAUUGCCCAGCGCGGUCCGGGCCCUGGUGGAGGAGGAGGUGCUGCUGCCUUGCGCGGCCUGGGGUGUCCCCCGGCCCAGCAUCACCUGGCAGAAGGAGGGGCUCAGCAUCCCUGAGGGUGAGGAUACCCAGGUCCUACCCAGCGGACAGCUGCGGAUCACCCACGCCCGCCCAGAGGACGCCGGGAACUACUUUUGCAUCGCCCAGAACAGCGCGGGCAGUGCCGUGGGCAAAACGCGGCUGGUGGUGCAAGUUCCUCCCGUGAUCGAGACUGGCCUCCCCGACCUGGCCACCACCGAAGGCUCCCACGCCCUCCUGCCCUGCACCGCCCGGGGCAGCCCCGAGCCGGACAUCACCUGGGAAAAGGACGGCCAGCCUGUGUCGGGAGCUGAGGGCAAGUUCAGCAUCCAGCCAUCCGGGCAGCUGCUGGUGAGGAACUCGGAGAGCCAGGAUGCUGGCACCUACACCUGCACAGCCGAGAACCCCGUAGGCCGCGCCCGCCGCCGGGUGCACCUCACCAUCCUGGCGCUGCCCGUCUUCACCACCCUGCCUGGGGACCGCAGCCUGCGCCCCGGGGACAGGCUGUGGCUUCGCUGUGCGGCCCGGGGCAGCCCUACCCCCCGCAUUGGCUGGACCGUCAACGACCGGCCAGUCACAGAGGGCGUGUCCGAACUGGACGGGGGCAGCACGCUGCAGAGGGUGGCGGUCAGCAGGGAGGACAGCGGGACCUACGUCUGCUGGGCUGAGAACAGAGUGGGCCGCGUGCAGGCCGUCAGCUUCGUCCACGUGAAGGAGGCUCCUGUCCUACAAGGGGAAGCCUUCUCCUACCUGGUGGAACCUGUGGGGGGCAGCCUCCGCCUGGACUGUGUGGUCCACGGAGACCCGGCGCCUGACAUCCACUGGAUCAAAGACGGCCUUCCGCUGCGGGGCAGCCGUCUCCGGCACCAGCUGCAGAAUGGCUCGCUGACCAUCCGCAGGACGGAGAUGGGCGACUCGGGGCGGUACCAGUGCCUGGCAGAGAAUGAGAUGGGCGCCGUGGAGAAAGUGGUGGUCCUCCUGCUGCAGAGCGCCCCGGUGUUCCAGGUGGAAGCCCAGGACGUGACAGUGAGAUCCGGGGACGACGUGGCCCUGCGGUGCCAGGCCACCGGCGAGCCGGCGCCCACGGUGGAGUGGCUGCGUGCGGGGCAGCUGCGGGCCGGCCGGCGGCUGCGGACCCUGCCGGAUGGGAGCCUGUGGCUGGAGCGCGUGGAGACGAGGGACACGGGCACAUACGAGUGCGUCGCUCACAACCUCCUGGGCUCUGCCACAGCCCGAGCGUCCUUGGUUGUGAAAGGGGAGCCCCGGGGGGGCCGGGGCAGCAUGAUCGGGGUGAUCAAUGGCCAGGAGUUGGGCGUGGCCACCCUCAACGCCAGUGUGCAGCAGGAGGCGCGCUCAGGGCUCACCACCUUGCGGAGCAGCAUCGGCCACCUCCCUGCGAGUGUGGGGCCUCUGAUGCGGGUACUUGUGGUCACCAUCGCCCCCAUCUACUGGGCACUGGCCGGAGAGCAUGGCGGCGCCCUGAACGGCCUCCUGACGGGGGGCAGCUUCCGGCAGGAGUCGCACAUGGAGUUUUCUACAGGGGAGCUGCUCACGAUGACCCAGGUGGCCCGGGGCCUGGAUCCCGACGGCCUCCUGCUCCUGGACGUGGCGGUCCACGGCGUCAUCCCCGAGAGCCUGGCCAACGCAGAUCUCCGAGCGCAGGACUUCCAGGAGGACUACGUGCAGACGGGCCCCGGCCAGCUCUUCGUGGGCUCCACGCAGCGCUUCCUGCAGGACAGCUGGCCCGUGUCCCUGCGCUGCAACCACAGCAUCCAGUACGAGGCGGCGCGGGGCCCGCAGCCCCAGCUGGUGCAGCACCUGCAGGCCUCGGCUAUCAGCGCGGCCUUCGACCCUGCGGCUGAGGCCCUGCGCUUCCAGCUCACCACAGCCCUGCAAGCCGAAGAGAAUGAAGGCUGCCCCGAGGGCUUUGAGCUGGACUCCCAGGGAGAGUUUUGCGUGGACGGGGACGAGUGCGCCAGUGGGCCCAGCCCCUGCUCCCACUCCUCACACGCCCCUGGCCGCUUCUCCUGCGCCUGCCCGGCUGGCUUCGCCCCGGCAUGGGGCCCCUGUCCCUGUCCGCCCCCAGAUGUGGACGAGUGUGCGUGGCCUACUGACCUGUGCCCGGAGGGACAGCGCUGCGUGAACCUGCUGGGAUCCUACCGCUGCCUCCCUGACUGCGGGCCUGGCUUCCGGGUGGCCGCAGACGGGGCUGAUUGUGAAGGUGACAGGGGCAUGUGUGGGGUUGUCCAGGAUUCAGCAGACGGGGCGCUGUGCCACUGGGACGCUGGGCCUUCAGGGAAGACG